CUCCUUCUUCUUUUUCCAACUCCCUGCUCCUCAACCUCCGGCCUUUUCAACAAUUUCUCUUCCUCAAGCUCUGUGCCUUCCUUCUGGAAGUCAGUCACGGUCUCUCGUCUCUAUCCUUCCUCUUGUCCCAGCCCUCCUUCCUCUUCAAUUUUUUCUCUUACCUUUCCAAUCAUCUCCCCCGUGGUCUUUCCUCCCUUUCUACUUCUCCUCCCAUCCUACCUCUCGUCUUCCCUCUCACACUUUUCUCGCUCCUUCCCUUGUUCCUUCCCCCCUUCCUCUCCCCUUCCACUCCGUCCCUCUUCCCGUCUUCUCUCAUUCGAUCACGAUGAGUCUACUCUCGCUUCCAAAUGAGGUACUCCUCAUGAUCGCGGACAAGACGCAGUCCCAGAGAGACAUGAACAAGAUGGCUCGGCUCAAUCGAUUCUUCUACACUCUCAUCAACAAACGCCUUUACGCCUACAAUGCCAAUCACCGGGGCAGCUCAGCCCUGGCCUGGGCCACAUUGAAUGGACAGCUCGCAACGUUUCAGCACUUUAUCAAGGCUGGCGGGGACAUUACGAAGUCUUCCAGCCCCAUUACCCAUGGCCUUCUCCACCUUGCUGCCGAACACGGAAAACUCGAAGUCGCCCAGUUGUUGAUAGAUCAUGGAGCCAAGAUCAACCGCUUCAACAACUCGUUCAAGACCCCACUGCACCUUGCUGCAACAUACGGACAUACAGCCGUCGUCGACAUGCUCCUGAAACAUGGAGCCUUGCUGAACGAGAACACCAAUCGUUAUGUCGACGAAAACCCUCUUCACAUUGCCGCGAAAUAUGGACACACCGAGGUAGUUCGUCUUCUGCUUCAAGCCGGAUGCAACGUCCAUCGCACCACCUUCAACACCCGGGAGACCGCGUUGCACCUGUCACUGAAGACCGUUCAAUAUCGCUCGCGUCGCAACAACGCGCGACUCAGCCACAGACGUUCGCAAAAGGGAAAAACGGCAAUAGUUCUCAUCGAGCACGGAGCGAACAUUCACAGUCGACAUGCAAUGGGCCGUGGCCAAACCCCCCUGCAAUUGGCAAUAGGCUCGGACUACGUAAAGGUCGUCCAACUCUUGCUCGAAAAAGGCGCAUGCCCCUGGGAUCGCAUCGACCCGUCUCAUCCGCCCGGGCCUCCCCGCGGUGUCCCCGGUGCUCGGCUAUACGGGCCACGCUUACCCUCGCGCAUUGAGAAUGCAAUGGACCUGGCAGAGAGCCGUGGCAACUUCGAGAUCAACCAGCUCAUGUUCCGCGCAAUGUAUCCAAAUGCAGCCAGUUGCGCGGAGGCUCAGUCCGUGCCCCAAUUCGAGGACUGGGGGAAGGAUGAGAUCAUUUUCGAUUCUUUUUGUAAAUUGGGAGACGGUAAAAGCCCCAAUAUGUUCCGUCUCUACUGGGGCCCCGGUGAGGCUCGUGCAUUGGGUGGAUAG